AUUCCUCAUUAUCCGAGAAGAUAAUUAAAUAGCGAGCAAAUCACACCGUAAACAAGCCAUUUGGUGUGGAUUGCAAUAGUCAGUCGGUGAAAAUAAGCAGUUGAAGGCAUCAUGAAGACAAAAGUACUGUACACAGUGAUAGUUUACCCGAAUAAAGAUAGCCGUCAAGUAAUAGCAUGUCAUCCACGUCACGGGACAAAUCAUUACAGAAAUAUCGUGAUUGCUGCGAUGCAAGACUUGACGACUAUAGACGAGGACAGAAUAAGCAUCACUCGUGAUAAAUUCACAGUGCACUUGGUUUUUGGGGAGCUGUGGUACGCGUGUUUAACACCGAUCGAGGGUUCACCGGUCGCGGCAUCAGAGGUUUCCCUAGAAGUCCAGGAAUUUCUCGGACACGUGCGAUCUGUCUACCGCGAACUGCCAAUUCUCGCCGAUCUCUCAAGGGAAUUGCCAAAUAGUUCAGCUGGAGAUCUGUCCCGACCACUGGGAAAAAUUCUGGAGAGGUACGGUCAGGAGACAAUCAUCAACCUGACUCCGAAGGUUCACCAGGAGUUGCAGGACAUCAGGACGAUUCUCCUGGAUUCCAUGCAGAGGCUCAUCGACAGGGGCGAAAGGCUCGAUGAACUUGUGAAAAAAGCGCAAACCCUAGAGAUAUCGGUGCGAAAGGACUUCCGGUUCACUCCAAAAAUCGCGAAGGACCAGAAAAAUUGCUUCGGUGUAUUUUCAUCUGCUGUAUUACUCAUAUCGACUCUGGCAUUCGCAAUUCUCUUGUACAUCGAAAUAUUCUCGUAAACCUGGGAUUUCGCGAAUUGGGAAUUUAAUUUUCUUUUUUUUUUGGCAGUUCUCGGUCGAGGGUCAGACGAUGACCCCAUGUAUCACAGGGCAACCGAGAUUAAUAAAAAUUAAUCGCUCGAGUGGACAUUUAAACCCGUAAUUUUUUUUGAAUUUUCGAAUUUUGCGGUCUCGAUUUAUUUUUUUAUUUAGGAUUUCAAAAGGCGAGAGUUGGUGAUCGAUUAUCGGCCGUCGAUAGUUCACCAGUCGAUGGAAAUCGGUGGAAUAUCGAGGGAGAGACUUCAUUUUUCUACUUCCCUACAUUAUCAACCAACAAUAUAUUCCGAUAAUUAUUUAAAAAUA